GGUAAUCGGCUCUUGAAUCAAACUGAAGUUGAAAUUGUCGCUGGCGAAUGGCAAUCGUUAUAUCAGGAGAACUCACGUCCACCGAACAAUCAUGAGGUCAUUCUAACAAUCAUCCAUCUAAAAUACAGGAAAAAAAAAAAAGGGCAAAUUACUAUGGUCAUGGAUUCGGAAUAUCUUCAAGCCCAAAGUCAGCCAAUGAGGAGUAAUCACAACCCUAGAAAGAGAAGAAAAAAAAAAUCCCAGGUCAAAACUACUGGUUCGGCUGGCACAGCCAAACUCCAAUCAAAUAUCAACAAAUUGCAUACUUGUAUAGAUAUA